CGAUAGUGAGGGAAGGAUUUUGGAGGCUAGAGCACAUCCUGGUAAGUGCUGCAGCUGGGGUUGCCGUGCGGAGGGAGAUAUAAACUUGUUUGGUGCUGCUGCUUUUUGUCUGAGCUCCGAGUACAGAAAAGAGAGGUUAUUGAUAUAAUCGACGAUAGACAGGCAAAAUGACGACUCUCUACCCGGAUGAGAAGAAGAGGGAGCAGGAGGAGAAUGUGGGUGUCGAUCCCCAUGAAUCCGAUGGUUCGAGUCCGGAGUACCUUAUCACGGCUUUGGUUCAGGAAGAUCAUACUCAUGAGAUUCAAUUGCGAACUAUGUCUUGGCAGAAAGCUGCUUGGUUGUUGUGUGGUGAUCAAGUUUGUCUUGCUAUCAUGGCUCAGACCUGGUCGCUUUCUGUCCUUGGAUGGGUUCCCGGUCUCAUUACCAUGGUCGUUGCUGGUAUCCUGUUCUGGAUUACUUCUAUCACCAUGCACAAGUUCAUCAUGAAGCAUCCUCAGAUUAAAGAUAUCUGUGAUUUUGGAUACUACGCUUUUGGAAAGAGUCGAAUUGCCUAUGAGUUCACCGGAUUUAUGUUGCUGGCGAACAACAUCCUUCUCAUCGGUUUCCACGUCCUCACUGGUGCCAAGGUUCUGAAUACUUUGUCGGAUCACUCCCAAUGCACGGUUGUUUUCUCGGUUAUUGCUACGUUGAUGGGUAUUGUGAUGUCCAUGCCUAGAACGUUGAAGCAUGUCUCUUUCAUGUCUAUGUUCUCUGCCGCCGCAAUGGCCAUAGCAAUCCUCCUCUUCCUCAUCUUCUCCGGCAUCGAAGCCGCCCCCCUCUACGGCUACAACGGCGACUACCCGACCGACGGCCCCGUGAAAACCUACGCCUUCCCCCUCCCCGGCACCACCUGGGUCGGCUGCAUGAACGCCGUCCUCAACAUCACCUUCCUCUGGGUCCCGCAAAUCCUCUUCCCAACCUUCAUCUCCGAGAUGGAGCGUCCGCAGGACUUCCCCAAGUCCCUCGCCGUCUUGGCAGCCGUCUCCGCAUUCCUCUUCAUCGUUCCCCCCGCCAUCGGGUUCCGCUACCUAGGCCAAUACUCCACUGCCCCUGCCUUUGGUUCCCUCGGCGUAACGGCAUAUAAAAAGGGUUCAUUCGCUUUUGUCAUCGUGCCUACGCUUGUCAUUGGAGUCAUCUACGCCAAUGUCUCCGCGAAAUUCAUCUAUUUCCGCAUCAUGGGUAAAUCCCGCCACGCACACAGCAACACUGUCAUCGGCUGGGGUGUCUGGGCAGCAGUCAUGGCCGGUAUCUGGGCCAUUGCGUUUAUUUUCUCCGAAGUGGUACCCUCCAUGGGCGAUUUCUUGUCGUUGCUAGGAGCUGCUUUUGAUAGUUUCUUUGGCUUCAUCUUCUUCGCGGUGGCGUAUUGGCAGCUUUAUUCAGGGAGACUGUUUAGGGGCGUGGGAAGGAGUGUGAUGACGGUUAUUCAUGUUUUUGUUAUGGCGGUGGGGCUGUUUUUGCUUGGGCCGGGGUUGUAUGCUGCUGUUGAGGCGAUUAUUGCUGAUUAUAGUGGGUCAACGAGACCUGCGUUUAGCUGUGCGAAUCUGUCUAUUUAGAUGGCUACUAGGUGUAGUUAGGGUGGAGACAGAGGAAGGAAGUAUAGAUACCCGAGUACAGAGAUGAAUAUACGUAU